AUGGAAUCAAAAAUCAAAUAUAAUCUGCGUCGUCUUCAUCAAUUAUGCAUUAAUCUCAAUCGAUAUGAUUUUGCUCAUCCAUGGACUAUCUUCGAUUAUGAUUUUCUCUCUACCUAUCUUGGCUGUGGUGAAUUUAAAAUGUCCGAUUUACUCUAUCAAUUUUAUCUUGGUUCUCAUGAUCCAAAUGGUGAAUUACGGUUUCUUCUUAAACAAUUCGAAACAUCGAGUGCAAUACUCGAUCAAUAUCCGGAUAAUCUAGCUUUUGAACUUGCCUAUCGAUUCUCCUCACUCAUUCAUCUUCUACCUGAUUUGACAUACAAUUUAUUCGAACAAUGUUUAUCUCAAUGAAAUAAUCAAGAAAUUUUCAUUUGGUCGAAGAAUACAAAUUCACCAAACCGCCUGGAACAAACUGAUCGUCUUAUUUUGAAAAAUAAUCGACUUGUUCUAGUUUGUAAUGAUCAUCGAAUGUUGGUUCUGUAUGAUUUAAAAGAAAAAUUACGUGGAACUAUUCGAUUGGAUGAAAAUGCUGGUGAUUGCGAUGCAUUGUGUUUGAGUGAUAUGAAUGAUCAGUGUCAACAAUAUCUCUUUAUAAUUUGUCUUGAUCGACUUUUGCGCAUGUUUCGAGUUACUGAUGGCCAACGUAUCGAACAAUUAUUUAUUCACACUCAAUUGUGUCCAUUUGUCAGCAUGAUAAACAAUCGACUAUUACUUAAAGUAGCCAAUCGAUUAUGUGUACUCAAACUGAACGAUCAAAAAUCCCUGCCGAAAAGGUAGAUUGAUUAUUUGAGUGGAUAAAACGUAGUAGCAUGUGUUCACUAUUCUAGAAUAUCGCCAACCAAGUGUGUUCUAUUCGAAACAGAUAAAUGGAUAACCUGUCAUGGAUUUUGUUCGUGGGACUAGUGCGACUUCUACAUAGAUAAGAAUUUUCAAUAAAGUCGUUCCUUGACAGCAAUGAAACAUAUUUAUUCUUAUGUAUAGUUUACGUGUUAACAUUUUCGGGAUAUGAGGAAUGUAUUACAUAGUGCAAACUAGUAAUAAUUUUAGAGUUUUGCAGACUAUGAUAUAUUUUAUGAUCGAACAAAUAUAACAAACAAUUUCUUUAAAUAUUUCUUCUCUAUAUCAUUAGUCUCAGUCAUUUGUCCUCAUCUAUCUUUGUUUUCCAUCAUAACCAUGAUUCAGUUAGAGUUCUUAUUAUUAAAGGACUAUACUACUUCCUUCCUGCUCAAGAUAACCAUUUCUAUUAUCCGUUUCAAAAUAUAGUGCGCUUCACUGUUUUUUGAAUAACUCAAGAACACAAAUAGCUAGAGACCUGUGAUUUUCACCAAUCGAAAGAGGAGACAGGGGGACGUCUUUUUCUCCAACAUUGUAUAAGAUGAAAUCAUUAUAAAAUAAGUCAUUUCCCCAAAACAUUACAAAAAGUGCAUAAAAACGAUCUAGCAUUCCAAGAAAAUUUUGGUUUUGACAUGUGAUCUAGAUAGAGGGACUUUGUAUCUAUAGUUCAAGAUAUAAUUCAAAUGAUUAUCUUCCCACAUCCUAAUGUUGAGCAAACAAAAUCGUUUCUUUACUUGCACGAAAACUGAAUUUCUUUUAAUUUUUAAGCAAAUUUUCUUACUUUUCGUCGAAAUUUCCUCGGACUGAUAGAC